AUGAUUAACAGUUCUGGUUAUUCUGUCAGUUAUAGAAACAAGCUUGCACUCGGAAGUCGGAAAAGCCCUCUUAACCACGUGCCUCCGCUGCCGGAAAAAACUCGGACGGAUGUCGUCCCCUACUUCCGGCCAGAAAUAUUGGACCAUUUCCGUUCACUUCCUAACAAAACCUACGAGGACAGAAUCGCGAUUUUCACCCUGAUUCGAAAUGUUGAUCGUGUGCUCAGAAACUACUUAGAUAAUUUAGUUAAACUGGACUAUCCGCGCCGUUUGAUUUCCGUCUAUUUUGGCGAAGAUGGUUCAUCGGACGAUACAUUUGCUACUGCAGCUAAACUGUCAAAAGAACUCACCGAUAUUUUUGAAUUCAACACUGCAAGCGUGUUUCAUUUUGAUACUUCACACAAUGUUUCUCUAAAGGAAACACAACUGAUAAGCAGACACACGUUUCAGAAACAGCUUCGACGCCGAUCCCAAAUGGCUAAGUCGCGUAACCUACUGAUGAAAAUGGCUCUUAACAUUUCAAAUCCUGACUACAUAGUUUGGAUAGACGCCGACUUGGAAUGUUUUCCUUCGGACCUCAUUGAACAAUUACUAUACGCUCGAUCCGACGUAACGGCACCGCCAUGUCUUGGAGUCUACAAUGGCGUUAAAAAAUGUACAACCGAAACUGCUGGCGAGAAACACCCGCGUCUGUUGAAUCUCAAUCUAUGUUACCGGAACAAAUCCUUGUUAUUGAGGGCUACUCAAAAUCAGAUAGAAUAUACCUCGCUGAUCUCAAAGCGGUGGGCCGGAUGGUUCCACUGGACGGGGUCGGCGGUUGCGUCCUUAUGGUGCGGGCUGAGUAUCACCGGAAUGGACUUGUGUUUCCUGAAAACCUGUUUCAACGCCAUAUAG